UUCCAUCUGUUGAAGUCCGGGAAUGAUGCCAUGAUGAAAGCAUGUUGUGCUGACUGCCCUUCUUCUUGCAUGACGUCACUCUCACCUCAGCUGUCGUCAGAGCCAGUGCCCUCGCUUGUACCCUGAUGGCCAGCACCAGCCCGGCGGCAGCAGCCCCACAUCGGUCCGCGAUGGUGGGGCAACAAACCCAGACCUUUUCCAUGCAUGUUCUCACUGCGAAAAUCACACGAAUCAAGUGAUGAUGGAACAUUCUCACUCUAUCGUGGACACCAACCAACCACUGCCUCGACACCAUCAUCGAGAAUGACCCCCCAUCCCAGAUGCCGCCCCGGCCCGUCGUCAAGUUCCCCCACUCCAUCUUCGUGGGGACCGACGUCUGCCGCAUCGCGAGAGUGCGCAGGAUCCUCGAGACCGCCGAGAAGCGCGAGCCGUUUGUGAGGCGCGUGCUCGGCCGGGGGGAGGAGGAGCGGGCCAGGAUCGACCCCAUCCUCGGCCGGCUGGCGGAGGAGGAGAAGAGAAAGGGGGAGGGCGAAGGGGUGUCAUGCCUCGCCGUCGCCGUCGCGUCGCUGCUUAGGCUAGCGCGUCGGCCGUCGCCGGCUGCGAGCUCCCCUGAGCGGCUGCAGCUGUUGGAUCAGGCGGCUGUUCAUAUGGCUGGAAGAUUCGCCGCAAAAGAGGCCAUCAUCAAGGCCCACCCGCACCUGCCCAAGCUGUCGUUCGACCAGAUCCGCAUCCGCGCCGGGCCCGACGGCGCCCCGGCCGCCGUGGUGACGCCCGACGGCCGCGAGCCCCAACAGGCCCGCCUCAGCAUCAGCCACGACGGCGACUACGCCACCGCCGUGUGUCUGGGCUUUGAGCACAUCCCGGGAGAGGGGGAGGAGUAGUCCGGGGUAUACUAAAGCUAAGCUCGACUAGCAUUUGGCCCUGGCGAGGGUUAUCAGCACGUAGGUUACCUCUGUAAAUAUCGUCCGGAUUAUAUAUAUAUAUAAGAUUACGCAUCAUCCUCCAACCAA